AUGAACAACGAGGAACUACAAUCGAUAGACUCGUAUGAGGAACAGUUUCCUCAGUCAUACGUGCCUGAACCGGCACCUUACGAUGGUGCUGGCACUGCAAGUGGUGGGGAAGCAGGUAGCAGCAAUUUGAAGUUGGUCCCAACUGAAACUGCUAAAUCGUUACAGGACAUGGGUCUUACCUCGGAGGUUCCGAUCCCUGAUUUUAACGCUCCAACCACAUCUGUCGCUAAAAACGCUAUUUUCCCUGAAGAAUAUACCUUGGAGACAGCAACAGGGUUGGUUCCAGUGGCUACCUUACAUUCUCUUGGUAGAACGCCGACAGCUAUCUCAAGGACUAGGACUAGACAGAUGGAUAGGCAAGACGCUUCGAGUAGCGAAGAGAAAAACGACGAGGAGCCCGAUGAGGAAUUGCCAAGUCAUAUCGAUAAAGAAGUUGAGUUUGUUACCUUUGUCACUAACGAUCCAGAAAAUCCUCAUAAUUGGCCUCUGUGGAUCCGUUGGUCAUACACAAUUUUGAUGUCUGUUCUUGUUAUCGCUGUCGCUUACGGUUCUGCAUGUAUCACCGGUGGUUUGUUCACUGUAGAAGAAAAAUUCCAUGUGAGUCAAGAAGUUGCCAUUUUGUCAUGUUCAUUAAUGGUUAUUGGGUUCUCAUUGGGUCCAUUAAUCUGGUCUCCUGUUUCUGAUCUUUAUGGUAGACGUGUUGCCUAUUUCAUCUCCCUAGGACUUUACGUUAUCUUCAACAUUCCAUGUGCUCUUGCGAAAAAUAUCGGUACUCUUUUGGUUUGCCGUUUCUUAUGUGGUGUUUGGUCCUCUUCUGGGUUAUGUCUUGUUGGUGGUUCUAUCGCUGAUAUGUUCCCAGCUGAAACUCGUGGUAGAGCCAUUGCAUUUUUCGCUUACGCUCCAUACUGUGGUCCAGUUUUCGGACCUUUGGUCAACGGGUUUAUUGCCAUUUCUACCAAUAGAAUGGAUUUGAUCUUCUGGGUUAACAUGGCCUUCGCCGGUGUUAUGUGGAUUAUCGUUUCCUGUAUUCCUGAGACUUAUGCACCAGUCAUCUUGAAGAAAAGAGCUAAGCGUUUAAGAAUUGAAUUGAACAACCCUAAGAUUAUGACUGAACAAGAAGCUCAAGGUAUGUCUGUGUCAGAAUUGGUCCGUGCCUGUUUAUUAAGACCAUUGUAUUUUGCAGUCACUGAACCAGUCUUGGAUUUAAUGUGCUUCUACGUGUGUUUAAUUUACUCCUUACUAUAUGCUUUCUUCUUCGCCUACCCAGUCAUUUUUGGUAAGUUGUAUGGUUACAAGGAUAACAUCAUCGGUCUAAUGUUCAUUCCAAUCUUAAUUGGUGCAUCUGGUGCUUUAGCCACUACUUCAUGGUGUGAAUCUCGUUACGUCGCAUUGACUCACAAACGUAAGCCAACGCCUGAAGAUCGUCUAUUGGGUGCCAUGAUUGGUGCUCCAUUUGCUGCUAUUGCUCUUUGGAUUCUAGGUGCUACGUCAUACAAGCACAUUAUUUGGGUCGGUCCAGCUUCUUCUGGUCUUGCCUUCGGGUAUGGUAUGGUCCUUAUCUAUUACUCCUUGAACAACUACAUCAUCGACUGUUACGCUAUGUACGCUUCUAGUGCUUUGGCUACCAAGGUCUUCUUACGUUCUGCUGGUGGUGCUGCUUUCCCAUUGUUCACCAGUCAAAUGUACGACCGUUUGGGAUUACAAUGGGCUUCAUGGUUACUUGCUUUCAUCUCAACUGCCAUGAUUCUGAUUCCAUUCGCCUUCUAUUACUACGGUAAGGCACUAAGAGCUAAGUUAUCCAAGAAGGACUACUCUGCUGACGCCAUGUGA